CAUCCGUAGGCAUCACUUUUGCUGGUCUGCGGCUGUGCGUUUCAGGUGCGAGACACCGGGGUGGGCAACAAUCUGUACCAUGGAGCAGAUUAAUAAUAUACAAGUCGUUCCGUGCACGAGCUCCAAUUAUAUGAAACCGUUCAGGGUGCACUAUAGCCAGAAUGGAACGAAGAAAUCCUGGGACUUCAUGCGCACACAUGACAGUGUGUCGGUCCUGAUCUUCAAUACCAGCUCACAGUGCUUCAUCCUGGUCAAGCAGUUCCGUCCAGCGGUCUACAUGUGCGAGUGGGAGAAGAGCCAGCCCGCAGAGGAGAAGGAGAGCCAAUCGGCGGACACGGCUGAGGAGGAGGACCAAUCCCACCUCCCUCCAGCCUCGGCGGGCGUGACCUACGAGCUGUGCGCUGGGAUCGUGGACAAACCCGACCUCUCUCUGGAGGAAAUCGCCCGUCAGGAGGUCCUGGAGGAGUGCGGCUACGACGUGCCCACCACCCAACUGAAGAAGAUCACCACCUACAGGUCGGGUGUGGGCGUGACUGGCGCCAAGCAGACCAUGUUCUACACCGAGGUGUCGGACGAGAACUGCGUGGGCGAGGGUGGGGGCCAGCCGCAGGAGGGCGAGCUGAUCGAGGUCAUAAAGGUACCACUGCAGGAGGCCAUGAACUUUGCCUACGACGAGAACAUCCCUAAAACCAUGGGUGUCAUCUUCAGCUUCCUCUGGUUCCACAGCAACAUGGCUCCCAAGUACAAGAUCUCCACCAACGUGUAAUGACAACCCAUAUUCCCCUCAUAUGCCCAUUGCUUUGUCUGUCAGUACAAUUUUGAUACACGUUUCUUUGUUUUGAGUCUUCAAUACGUUCCUUUUCACACAAUCAUUUUGGGACAAAAGCCUGUGUUGUACUCCACUUGUUAUUAUUACAGUUGAUAUCAUUGUUUUUUAAUGUUAUUCGUCUCGAUUUGGAAAAAUGUAUUUGAAUCCUUGAGUUGUAACUGAAGAAUGCAGAGGUGAAUGAGCUUUGUUAGUGCAACAAUGCCGUCACUUGCUUGGAAGGGGGAAUUUCAGCUCAAGUUUAUUAACUCCUGUUUUUACUGGGACAUCAGUCCAGCUAAAGCUGGGGACACAUUACACAAUUUAAGUGAUUGAGCAGCGCGCAUUUAAUAAUUUUCUGUCGUACUUGAUGCACACACAUGUAAUGAAGGCUGUCUGUGAGGAGCGGAGGCGGAGGCGGAGAAUAUAUUGAAACCGUUUUCUCGUGAGAACUUGAUUUUCCGUCGUACACAUGCACUCCCGAUGUAUAUAAAAAAAAAAAACAAGAAUGAAACCCAUUCUGCUUGUGACAAUUGUGGUUUGUGCUAUGAUAGAGACAGCCAUGAGCCAAAUAUGCACCAGUCACUCUUCAUAUUUAGCACUCCAGAAAACAUGUUUAUUGGCCAACCGUCACACAUGUUGGAUCUUGUGUUUUUUUCCCAUAUCCCCCCCCUUCUUUCCUCUGUUGCAACUUUCACAUUUUCAUUGGUCAUUGGAAAUUCCCAUUGAGAUGCGAGUCUUUGACGAGUGCAUACCACAGGAUUAUGCAAAGACUACCCCCGUUCAAUUCAGACAUGUUUGACAUGUUUUAAUCGUGCUGUUGCCGACUGGGAUGAUAUGUGUCAGAUCUGAAUCUUUUAUACUCCCACACACAUAAGAAUUCCAGCUGCGUCUAUCAGGGACAACCCCGGAUGAUUGCAAACUCGCACCGUUGCCACAUCAGGCUUGAACAUUGUGUAGUGUCCCCCCUGCUUCAGAAAAAUGUAAAGGUUGGUUGUGUACUGCCUAUAGAGGGCAAAUAUCAGCACUCGCCAGAGAAAGGAUGGAACUUGGGAGUAAUCGCAUGCGAAAGCGCUCGUUCAAAGGUUCUCUCAGGUCUUACUGGUAUUAUGAGGAUUGGUGACAUUCAGGGACACAUAUCAACCAAACUGCUGGGUAAAGGAAGUUAAUACAAUGAAGUUAACACAGGCCAUACUGCGGUUUUGCUGAAAUUAUGUUGAUAGGACAUCAACAGUUCUAUUUCGAAUAUAUUGUUUCUCCGCUUUAUCUAGAAUAGCAUUUGUGCACAGUAUUUAAGAGAUGCAUGGGUUUGCUUGAGACUGAUGAAUUGUAAUGGCCAUAAUCGUAAAACGUAGAUUAACAAUGGCAAUCAAGGAUCACAAAAUCUGUUGUUGCUGUAUCUGUAUAUGAAUCGCAUUCUAUUUUUUUAAAACUUGAAAACAAUCAGAUCCAGAAUACUGCCUUUCUUUGGUCACAAUAUGUUGAAGGUUUUCACAUUCCCAUAGAUACAGUACUUUAGUUUUGCUUUUUCACUUUUGAGGCAGUAGUGAAAUUAUCUGCAAUAAUAAUAACUGCUUUUAGAGCAUUGUUGGCACUAAUUUCCCCAGAGGGGAUUAACAUGCUAUCUGUGUGUGGGUCUGUGGGUGCUCCUGGUGGGUUCAGAAGAGGUCAAAGGGAGGGGCUACUUCUUGGUUGUACAGGUGGUCUCUUCUCAUCGACAUGCCCUUACUGGAGCCAGAGUUCUCAAGGUCAAAGUUGUACAAUCAGUUGUGCUGAUGUAUAACAGCUCAAUUUUAACACCAUUUUUUAAACGUUUUCUAUGGACCAGAAUUUCAGUCUCAAACUGCCUCACCUGCUAAUUAAUGCAAACCUGUUACUUUACCACUCUAUUCAGCCCUCAGUUUUUUUGUAUUAUUAAUCCAUCUUAAUCAUUGCCCACAAUGUUAACCAGUAUUAAAAACAAUUUGAAAUCUUACCAAAAGCAUACUUUGAAAUGGCAUAGCUUUAGUGUUGUGUAAUGGUUAUGGCUGUCUUACAGAUAUUUUCUAUUGGAGAAGAUGUAGUCCAGAAUAAUUUGGUUCGCGAUGUGGGAGAUAUUUAAAAUCGCUGGUCUGAAUGCUUGUAGGAAAGAAAAAUGCAUGUAAAAAAUAUGAAUAUGAAUGUUGGCCUCAGUAUGUUGUUUGCUUUGAGAUGCAACAAGCAGACAUUGCAUAAUAAAAUCUUAGUUAUUUAAUCCUGUUUCAUCCACUGUCCAGUGUCUGUCCAGAAAGAUCUAGCACAUAAUUAUGGCAAAUCAUAUUCAACAUGUAUGACUACUGUCAUUUUUUUAUAUAAUACAGUUUUUUAGAAAUUGCUAUUUAACUUUUAUUUUGUGUUUGUUUUGAGAUCUUGUGAGCAGUAUUGAAGCAAAUAUCUCAAUAAUUGUGUUGACUUGAGUUAAAUUUGUCCUCAAUUACUACUUUGAUAUGUAUGUAAUGUUUCUGUUUGAAUUUUAAUUUUGUAUUCAUAGUCUGUUGCUUUUUAACAACUCUUUUUAUGACACUGCUUAAUUUAAAAUAAUGCUAUAUUUCCUUGAUUUUCUGAGUAAGAUGAAAUUGUAAUUAAAAGGGUUUACAUCCCCA